AUGGCCCUGCCGAGGUUCUACAAGGGAUUCCGGUGCUACGCGCAGCGCAAGGUCCAGGACGAUAUCAGCAACAUUUACGACGAAAGCGACGGGGAGGAGCUGCGCGCUAUGACUUUGGGCCCGGACGCGAACUUGAGAUUGUUGCAGGAUGUGGCCUGCAAUUACUUCAUCGUCGGGUUGCAGACAGAGAGUGCAGAGGAAGCCGCAGUCACCAUGUCGCGCAGACAGCGGCGCCGGGCGUACGAGGUGAGGUACUGGGACAAUGUGCUGCGCAAUGCCCUUGCACUCGCGGAUCGAAAGCGAAAGCGACGUGAGCGAGCAGAAGAAGAGAUCUUCGCAUUCUACGCGGACAUGGUCAAGGACGAGAUGGCGGAGACGAAAUGCGCGGAUGCGGUAUUCCAGAUCACGGAGAAGCCUUCAACUUCGGAGCAAGCCAAGGAAGAUGUGCGCGGUUGCGCGGAGAAGCAGAUCGAAUGUUUUCUAUGGGAUCUCCGGGUGGUCUUAGAGCGCAGAAAGUUUGCGAUGCAGUACGAGAACUGUGUAACACCGAAGUGCAGCGCAGGCUCUGGCACGGAGGAUGCUGCGCCGGGCGGCAUUCGCAUUCCCUUGAAGAUGAUGGCAGGUCCCCGGUGGCCGCGUGAACCAUAUAUGAAGAAGCCUUGCAGCACGCCGAUGACGCCGGAAGAAAUCAAGGACAUGUGGGCGCGCAACGCCAAGCUAGCCGCGAACCAGGGGACCUGGACGCAUUUACAAUGCGAGUGCAUCUUGAACGGUGGAGCCGUCGCUGAUGGAGCUGGCUCCAUGGAGAUGCAGCUGUUCCGUACCUUCUUGCUCGGCUCGCCCAAGUUGAUCGCCUACCGCACUGAGUGGGCUAUAUUCGGGGAGCGGGAGCGCCUUGCAGGUACCAUUGAUUUCGUGGCCCGCAAUGAUCGUGGAGAAUUGGUCCUGUACGACUGGAAGCGAACGAAGCAGCUGCGGCACAAGUAUGUACUCAGGGUUUGGAUACUCUCGCUGCUACUCGAUGCGGACGACGACAAGCUGCGUGAUGAUGUCUGCGGAGGGUGCGAACAAGAGCUUGCUGCUUCGCACUUCGACUUGGUUAUGCGCAUUCUGGCAACCUCUGACGCUUGCAUUUCUCCUACAGCAAACCACGUGGAUCAGCUUAUCCGUUUUCACCAGCGAGUUGCGGUUCACAUAUCUUUGCUGCGUGAAUGGCCUCACUUGGUUUGGCUGCUUCCAAGUCCGCUAGACACGUACGCAUCAGCAAGCAGCUUCAACGCUCGUCUAUCAGAGACUUUGAUGCUUUUUGAGCUUCUGGAGAACGGGCAUUUCAAGAGCUUCGCGCUGGUGUGCUACACGCUUUACCACAAUGAGCUCGCGCAGGAGGAUUGGCUCCAACACUAUCUUGAUGCUGCUCAAGAGUUCCCUAGGUGGCAGGACCAAGCUGUGCGAUGCUUGAUGCUCGUGCAUCUGCUUCGGCUGCCUCAAAGGCCUACAAGACUGGAGCACUUGUGUGCUUCAAAUGCUUUGCCCCCAAUAGCUGAAGAAACGGCGGAGCCGGAUGACGUGUUAGGAGGCGGUCUCAACGACUCGCAGAACACUCAGGACACUUUCCGACAGGAGCUGUCGCAAGAAAUGCAGAGUCGCUUGGAAGGUGUGGAAGCAAGCCCCAUCUCAGUGAAGCGUGAAAGGCUAGAUCCGCAGGGCGCAGCAGCCAGCAGUAGCCAACACGCAGGUGCACCGCACGAGACCAAGAAGGAGGAGCCCAAGGAAGAUGAUGACGGCGCCCCGGCGGAGCCGGAAAUCAGCGUGGACACCGCCACAUGGAGCGUUCUACAGAAGAGGAGGUUGCUGCCCGGCGCUGCCAGGCUCCACGGCGUGCCCGACACGAUCGUCCGGCUUUGCGUUGCAGCCCUUGCGGUGUUCCGCGUGUACCGCCAGACUGUGGCCUGGUCCAAGAGUUUCUGA